UGACUCCAAUCCCCACCUCACCGCAAGUUUACCUGCGCGCAAACAGCCAUUGUUAUCUCAAAUCGAGCUCAAUUUACUCCCAAACUACCGGCCGGAGAAUAGAAGACAGAGGCGACUAUGUCUGCCUCGUUACCUGGGAGCCGCGAGCUCCCAGCUUCGCAGUAUGACCUUUCAACAUACUGGGGUCGCGUGCGUCAUGCAGCAGACAUAUCUGAUCCGAGGAUGCUCCUUGUGUCCUCCUCCGGUCUUCAACAAGCAAAACAGCUCAUCACACAAUACAAGACGGGUGCGAUAAAGUCAAUGACCCCAGAACUAUGGCGCGCAAAGAAGAUUGUGGACAGCACGUUGCACCCGGACACGGGAGAGCCAGUUUUGCUUCCCUUUCGCAUGUCGUCCUUUGUCCUGUCCAACCUGAUCGUCACAGCCGGCAUGUUGACGCCGAAUCUUGGCUGGCGUGGUACGUUAGGCUGGCAGAUUGCGAACCAGAGCCUGAACGUUUGCAUAAACGCUUCCAACGCCAACAAAUCAAGCCCACUGAGCACUAGCACGAUGGUGAAGAGCUACUUGCUUGCUGUGAGCGCGAGUUGCUCCGUCGCUCUGGGCUUGAACGCACUUGUGCCGCGGCUAAAACGCAUCUCUCCCGGAGCGAAGGUCAUCUUGGGCCGACUGGUACCCUUUGCUGCGGUAGCCACUGCCGGCGCGCUCAACGUCUUCCUCAUGCGUGGCGAAGAGAUACGUAGAGGCAUAGACGUGUACCCAGUACGUUCGGCAGCAGAGAAGGAAACGGAAGCAGAACCACCCAAGAGCCUGGGCAAGUCGAAGCGCGCCGCAACGAUAGCAGUGGCUGAGACGGCGGCAUCACGCGUAUUCAACGCUACUCCAGUAAUGGCGAUUCCGCCUCUGAUCCUUGUGCAGCUGCAAAAACAGAAAUGGCUUGCGACCCGUCCGCGGCUGGUGCUGCCUGUGAACCUUGGCUUGAUUCUGGUCACGAGUCUGUUUGCGCUACCUUUGGCACUUGCAGCUUUUCCGCAGCGGCAAUCAAUCAGCGCCGACAAGCUCGAGGAGGAGUUCCACGGUAAAGGUGGUGAAGGUGGUCUUGUUGAAUUCAAUAGAGGGAUCUAAGCUCACGCUUACCAAUUGUUACUCAGCAAGGCGCUGGUGGUUUCUCAAGUCAAACUUUCAAGAAAGAAGUAAAUUUUUAGACGCAGAAACUAGACAUGUGUGGCCUUUGUAUACGGACACAAGUAUACCUUUAUUCUCCAGCGGUAGGCAUUCAAGUACGCAUUGAAAAUUUUUGUGUGUUGUCUGUCCAAACUCUGGCCUCAAAAGUUGCCACGCCAAGAUAGUGUUAGACUGUGGGGUUGGUUGUUCACCAUCCACCAUGGCAGUCGCUAGGUACAGCCAUGCAACAUUACCCUAU